UUAAAUCUAAGGUGAAGAAGGCCAUUAAUUAGAGCACCAAUUAGGACAACUUACUUGAGGCCUAGUUUUUACACCACAGGGUCCAUAGGCUUCUUGUUGGUCCAAAAGGCUUGUUCAGUAACACAGGGCCCUAGGGGCCCCAAGCAACACUGUUGAAUCCUUAGUUAUAAUGGAGAAGAAGAACAUCCUAAACAGGAGCUAUAAAAAAUAUAAGUGUUGUAGGUGAGGAGAGGAUAAGGUUAAAUUGCAGCUCACUCACACCACCCCGCACCGCUGUUAAGGAAGUAGUAACGCGUUUUCGGAACCGGAGCAGGUUUGUCCCAGCCCUUGCACUGUCGGCGGAUGACGUCACUCUCGGUCACGUGUCCCUAGGAGUCCUGAGGAGCUCGGGCAGCCCAGGAAGCUGGCAGGGUAUAAGGAAGCGAACUGUAACGAUGUGGCUAUGGGACCGCUCCGCUAAUUCCACCGAAACCCUGCAGUGAUAAACAGAGGCAUGAUCAGUGAGUGUGAGUCCCAGGAUGUCUUUUAAUGAGAAGAAUGAUGCCUCCUUUGCCUACGAGUCUUCAGUGCACAGCAACAAUGUUCUGCGCCGGCUCAGCAGCCAGAGAGAUCAGGGGAUCCUUUGUGAUGUGACCAUUGUUGUGGAAGAUCAGCGAUUCCUGGCUCAUCGGACUGUGCUCGCCGCCUGCAGUGACUUUUUCUUAUCUCGACUUGUUCAGCCGUGUGAUGGCGAUUUUAUCAUUACGUUGCCUGAAGAGGUAUCCGUCAAAGGCUUUGUUCCAUUAUUGCAGUUUGCUUACACUUCCAAACUCCUUGUCAACAAAGACAACCUGCUGGAAAUCCAAGAAUGUGCAAAGCUGUUGGAUGUCCACGAUAUAGAAGAAGCCUGUUUUGAGUUUCUCAAGUUAAAAUUUCUAGACCUCAAAGCCGACCUUCAGGAAUGCCCUCGGAAGAAAUGCUGUAAGUCGUUUUGCCCGAAGGCGAAUGCUCAGCUCCAGCCUGAUACUGGCGCCAACGUGGAAAUCAAUGAAGUCGAGGAACUUUGGAGGGCGGAGCUCCCCUCAAAAAUCAAAUGCGCGGCUGAGAUUGAGAACAUAUCCACCGUUUCCGAGAGUCCGAAGAAACCCUGUGAGACGUUCUGCUUCGGUCGGGAGAAUGAUCCCGAUAGUUCGGCCCUCUGCCCAAAAUACAGGAAGUUUCAGAAAGCCUUUAAGAGUGACCGGGUUCGAUCAAUAAGCACAUGCUCCAGCAAUCAGGAUGCCCCAAGCCCGUUGUCUGUCCAGUCGAGUGAAGCGUCGGAAAAUGUCGUCCGAUCCCAAAAUCAACCUGUAGAAAUGGAAAGGAAUGAUGUAAAUCUGCAGGACAUCAAUGCUACAUACCUCAACCUCCCAUGUGAGGAAAAGACGAACAAUAAAGCUGGUUUCCCUCCUUGUUUUCCCCUGGGACAGCAGGAUUUUAACUCUGCGUCUUUUAAAAGUUCAUAUCAGCCCUACGGAAACGUAAACUACAACGAGGAGCACGAGCCCACUAUAGACGUUCUGCCUGAGAAGUCAACAGGUGAAAAGCACGUCAGUCCGAGGGCUGAUUUAUCCAGCUCAAAGGAGGUAACCGGAAACGAUUUGUGUCCCCCCGAGGAACGUAGCAAUGUCGAAAGGGAGGUAGCGGAACAUCUUGCGAAAGGCUUUUGGCCUGACAUUUACAAUGAUGAAUUUCAGUGCCAACCUGAGAUAGAAUCGGUGCCUAAUAAAGAGUCACGUGAUGAAAGCAGCGUGGAAAAAAGGCAAGAAUGUCCGUGGCUGAACAUCACCAUCAGUGAAGGCAGUGAGAGGACUUUUACAACUCUGAACUCAGUCUCUUGCCCCUUCAUCAAUACCCUCUCCAGUGAAGGGUGUGCCAGCAACUCCCAACUCAUGCUGGAGGAAUGCAUUCAGGAGAAACAGCAAGACACGUGUCCAUAUGCGUGUUCCAUGACUCUCGAAGGGGAUUCAGAAACAGACAGCGAGGACGACAGUGGGGAGUCCUGUUCUGUUCAGGAAUGUGAGACAAAACUGCCAUUCAACGCACAAAAGAUCAUUUCCCUUUCCCGAUAUGACUUCCAAGCACUGGUUAAAAAGCACAGUCUCAGUGCGGAGCAGUUAGACUGCAUUCACGACAUACGCCGGAGAAGUAAAAAUCGCAUAGCUGCCCAGCGAUGCCGCAAGCGGAAACUGGAUUGCAUCCAGAACCUGGAGUGUGAAAUCAUUAAGCUGCAAAAAGAAAAAAAACACUUGCUGAAAGAGAGGGACCAAAUACUAACCACUUUGGGAGAGACCAAGCAAAAUCUGACUGGACUUUGCCAGCAGGUAUGCCGAGAAGCUGCCCUGAGCCGAGAGCAAAUGCAAAUCCUCGCCAAAUAUUCCAGCUCCGAGUGUCCCCUCUCCUUUUUAAUCACGGAAAAGGAUAAAACGCUUCUCCAGUGUGACUCCAUGUUGCAGGCGUGCCAUGACUUUGCCGAAGGAUUACCCGCCGUGGAGACAGGCCGGCAACCCGAUGUCUGUAAUGGUACUCUUUCACCUCAAACUGCCGCCACCGAAAGCAUUGCACCAGCCGGUAAUAAUAGCCAGUCUGGUAUAAUUGAUUUCUGCAAGCAAAUGACUGCUAAAUGCACUACUGACGAGCAAACAUAAACUAAAAAGCUGAUUUUUAUUAAACUCCACCCGCUCCAUUCAGCCCUCCCGGCCGCUGAAUCGCUGAUUUGUCCUCGGUGACAGAGGGAAGCAAUAUUUCAUUUUUUAACAAUAUAAAAAAGAUCGGGAACAGAGAAGAAAAUCCAUUUUAAGCAUUUAUUUUUAUAUGAAUAUAUCCCAUCCAAAAUGGCUGUUUCCUUUUUAUUUAAUGUGCAUGAUGCAAUGUGCUGCUCUACAAAAAAUCCUCUUUUUUUUUUUUUUUUCCCAAAACUGAUUUCAGUACAGUGCUAAAUGUUAGCGGCCCACACUUUUAUAAUACGUAUAUACCUAUAUCAAUUUUUGAUUCUUGGAUUGUUUUAUUCUGGGUACAGAGAACCAUAUUUAAUUUUCGGUCCUGGGUGUGGAAACAUUAUUCGGCAAAAAUGCGUGCUUUCUUUAAACCCCUGCAUGAUUGUACUUUAAAGGUGCUUUAUGGUAUUUCUACCCUUGUAAUCAGUAAUAAUUCUACACAUACACUUAUGAAGUGUGUACGUAAAUGUUUAUAUAACCUUGUAGUUAUAAAUCCACAAAUUCGACAUUUCAACAAUCCACUUUUCUAACUUUAUACACAGAUGAACACAAUUGGUUUUGCAUUCAAAGUUGGAGUUUCAUUCUUUGCAGUCAGAUUCUCUCUGGUUUAAUAUAGUCCCAAUGUUGCAUUAAUAAAAUGCACUUAUAAAGCCCUUAAAAACGUAAGGCAACAGCCAUCGUCUGAGCGUAGACCGCUAGUGUUAAACGCAAACUCCAAGGGGCACUUUAUCAAAGGUCGAGGCUGCAGAUUCGCGUUUAAUGAGACUAACGCAAAACUGAUCAGUUUUCGCCCCAAAAUUUAUAAAUGCUUUGCCAUCCGAAGCCAAUCCUGAAUCGAUCGGAAUCAGAUAUUCAAAAUUUUGGAAUCUUAUAUGAAAUUUUUCGUUCUCGAAAAACAUGAAUAUUCAAGCUUUUCCAAGAUGUUGCUUACUCGCCAAAAAGCUGGAGACUGCACUGAAUACUGGGAUAUGAGAAAAAUUCCUCCAAAUUUCUUGGUUGGAAACAGAGCCCGAUCGAAAGAAAUGUUUGUUUUUUUUUGAUUAGUGCAAAGAAGGUUAGUCAAAUAAACGACCAUAUGGUUUUUGGUA